GUAAUUUCAUUCAACUCAGCAGCUGGAAUAGUACCGUACAGAAAACAAACCAUCCGGUUGCCAUGGGCAACGUUUGCAUUUAUCGCCGGUUUUCUGAAAGCCAUCAUCGGCUAACCAUAAAUUGUUAUUGCUUACAGUACCUUCAAGACUCGCGAGCACAAUUGCGUGCAUUACAUGGUGGUACGGUUUUGUUCCAUCCCGUUUUGGCUUCUAGUAACACGACUCGGUACAAUUACUGUGUGCAGUUGCAAUAGUAUAGCGGUUUUUUUUUCUCGCAACUCUGUCUGAAACUUGUCCAAAUCAAUCAAACUUUGGUGAACUUAUCCUUGGUGGAAGAAAGGUUGCCCAGUUCCCAACUAGGACACGAAACGGAUACACGGUUUGUGCAUUACAUCACAGCUUGGCAAUCGGUGCACAUCAGCCUGCACAAACAUGGACUGGCCUAGUACAAGGGUGGCCCAGGGUGGCCUGUUUCAUACGCCCAAAGCACGCUACACGAAAGAAACGCAGGAUUUAAUCAAAGUUUUAAUGGAGGAAGCGAAAUUGACGAUUCUGCAGCGAAACAAAAUCAACUAUCACCUGCGAAAUGGGGAACCUUUGCCGGUGCCGAAGGAACCCAAGUUUGAGCAAGAAUACAGUAACUUCCUUCCUAUGGCUAUUCCGAGGAAAAACAUCAAGAAACGGUCGCUUAACACCAUCAUUGAGAGUGGUGCCUUCGAUGUGGAGAAAUACGUACCACACAAACCGAAAGAACCGAUCGAAAAAUUGAAGCUUAAGCUACAGGAACAGAUGAGUGGCAUUAAAAUGUUUCCGGAUGAUGGUCGACGUCGGCGUGUGGUGCGUAGCAAAAGUGAAGGCUGCAUGGACUAUGUUCCACCAGAUCGAGCAAGUGAAUUACUCGAAGAGAUAAACGAACGUGUUCAGUGGCUGGAAGAGAUGGAAGCUCUGGGUGAAGGAAAGAAGCAUCGGGCCACAAUUCAGCUGCAGAUAGCGGAAAAGCUUAACGAGCUUAAGCGACUCGAUCGGGCAAAAUCACAGGAAAACGAAAUCUAGCAACACACACAGCACACUUCGAUCAGCGUCGACCCACAUUAACACACUCGGAACAGGCAUAAUUGAUUUCACCUUCUUUUUUAUAUUAAAUUCAUUACACGCUUAAUUCUACAGCAAAAUUACAGUGUCAUUGUCGGUUGUGUACUUUCCGACUUGCUGAACAGGCGGUCCCGGUCGGCACUGAAAAAAACACACAGUUCGGUGUUUUUAUUUUGUAACGAAAACCGCCGCGCGAAGGUAGAACCCGGGUGGGGGGCGAUUAAAGAAUGUUCAAUUAAACGAAUAAAGAAAAUGCACUUAUGA